AUGCGUACCACAGCUGUGUUGAAGAAUGCCUCUCGCACUCCUUUGAUUAAGUUCUUGGGAAAGCGCACUACGCCAGCCUCCAUUGACCACACCCCGCAUGCCCAUCCUGCGUCUCCCACCCAGACGCUGCCCGACUCUUUCGCCGCCUACCGCUCCAAGGCCCAGCAGCAUGGCCCUCUAAACACCCCCGGUCGUGCCUCCGCGCUCUCAUACGGCGCAAUCGGCGGCUCAACUGGUGUCUCUCUAGGCCCUGUUGUGGCCAAGAAGGGCGAGUUCUUCGAUCGCCAGGAUUUGCCUGCUCGUUUCCAUCGUCUGCCCUGGUCUGAGUUGGAAAUCGAGGCCAUUGAGACCGGCGGCGCCAGUCUUUACAAUUAA